GUCUAUUCGUGAGUUGUCGCGUUUGUAUAUUAUAUAUUUUUUUUUUGUAAUAUAGAGCGGCGAGAAAUAUUUUUUUAGUUAAAUUACUGCAUAUCUAAAUAUAAUUUUCAAAUUAAAAUUAAAUAAAUAUUAAAAUAAAAAAAAAAAGGAGAAAUAAUUAUUAAUUAUUGUAUAUAUGAAUUUAUUGAAAAGUAUAAAUUAUUUUUGAAAUAAUUUUAUAAAAGCUAUACAAUUAUUUUAAAUAAAUUUUUUGUGAAAAUUCUCUUUUAAACCCGUUUUUACUUUUUUUUCUCUACAAACAUAUACACAUACAUUCAUAUGUGUGUACCAAUUUAUUGUUUUUUUUUUGUAUGCUUAUGACGAUUAGGUAUUGCGUGUAUAUUUUGACAUUCAAGUAAAAGAUUCCAAUAAGAAUUAACCUCAAAAAAGGAAAAAAAAUUAGAAAUUGAUCAUAUUGGAUUGGAAAUAUCACCAAGUAGAAUAAAAGAAAAAAAGCAACUGUAAUUUUUUUUUUGUGGACUAGAAAACAAGUGAAUGAAUUGUGAAAAUAUGGUGUACACUUGAGAUUUUUAUAAAAGAGGGAAAAGUACUUCAAAUUCAAAAAUUUUUCUAAAUACAAUCGAAAUUAGGAAUUUUACAUUAGUUUUUUUUUUUUUUGCUUUGAAAUUUCUGAAAAAAAAAUCUUUAAAAUUAUAUUUUUUUAUUUCUUGCAGUUCUUACAGAUUUUUAUUACAUUUAGUAAACGAUAUUAGUUUUAUUUUUUGAAUUCUAUUUCUAAAUAUCAAAAAUAUUUUAUUUUGGAAGAAGAAAAAUCAAAAAUUAUUAAAGAAUUUUUUAAAAGUGAUCAGUUAAGUGCAAUAAAAUUUUCAUAAAAAUAUUUUCUUCCGUGUAUUUUAAUAUAUAUUGUAUAUAAUAUUAAAAAAAAAAAAGAGUUUAAUUGCAAUAUUUGAAAAAAGAAGAAAAAAAAAUUGUAAAUUUUUGGAAAAUUAUUAAAAUAUUUUGGACAUAAAACAUACCCACAACACACAUAAAAUAUCAAAAAUGAGUAAUACUAGUGAAAAUAAUAAUCAAAAUACCCAAAGUAUAGCAGAUUAUUUGGCUCAAUUAUUAAAGGACAGGAAGCAAUUAGCAGCAUUUCCAAAUGUUUUUAAUCAUGUUGAAAGACUAUUGGAUGAAGAAAUAGCCAAAGUUCGAGCGUCAUUAUUUCAAAUAAAUGGAAUGCAAAAAGAGCCACUAUCUUUACCUGAUCCAGAUGGGCAACCAGUAACAUUAAAUGAAAAAGUUUAUGUGCCAGUCAAAGAACAUCCAGAUUUUAAUUUUGUUGGAAGAAUUCUAGGGCCACGUGGUAUGACAGCUAAACAAUUAGAACAAGAAACUGGCUGUAAAAUAAUGAUAAGAGGGAAAGGAUCAAUGAGGGAUAAAAAGAAAGAAGAUGCUAAUCGAGGCAAACCAAAUUGGGAGCAUUUAUCAGAUGAUUUACAUGUUUUAAUUACAGUAGAAGAUACAGAAAAUCGAGCAAAAAUAAAAUUACAACGUGCCACUGAAGAAGUACAAAAACUCUUAGUACCACAAGCCGAAGGGGAAGAUGAACUUAAAAAGCGUCAAUUAAUGGAAUUAGCAAUAAUUAAUGGAACCUAUAGAGAUACAUCCGUGAAAAAUGCUGUAGCAGGUAAUUCUCCUACUUGUGAAGAGGAAUGGAGACGUAUUGCUGCUGUAACUGCUGAAUCAAGGCUCUUAUCACCGGGUAUACCUACAUUACAACAACAGUUAAGAGCUCCAACAGCACCAUUAGGAGCUCCAUUGAUUUUGUCACCGAGAAUGUCAGUACCAACAACUGCAGCCAGUAUAUUAUCAGGAUCAGCACCACCUACAUUAGAGCAUCCAGGUUUAAUAUAUGCUACACCAUAUGGCGAAUAUACAAAUUAUGCAGCUCUAGCGGCCGGGAAUCAACUACUUACGGAUUAUACAGAACAUAGCGUAGGUGCAAUUAAAAAUCAAAGGCGUUUGGCUAAUAACAGAGAUCAUCCGUAUCAGAGAACUGGGGCUCUUGCAUAAAAAAUUAAAAAAAAAAAAAUUUCAAUGCUAAUUUCGAAAUUGUUAUUUUAAAGAAAAUUAUAUAUAUAUAUAUAUAUUAUUAGCAUAAAUAAUUAAUUAUUUCUACAUUAUCAACAAAUUUUUAAAAUUAAUAUUAAUGAUUAAAAAUUGAUUAUAGUUUGAAAAGAAAAAAAAAAUAAUGAAAACAAAUUAAGCAAUAUUAAAAAAAAAUAUAUAAAAAAACAAAAAAGAGUCGACUAAUAUUUAAUAAGUUAAAUGAAAUUCAUAUAUUACAAAAAUAUAUGAAAAUAAAAAAAGGAUAACAAUUUUAUACAAAAUAUAUAUAAUAUAAUAUAUGAAAUAAGAGCCCCACUUAACGUUAUUUCUGAAAUAUAAUAAAAUAAAACUGCACAAUGUCAGCUAAAAAACACAAAACAAAAAAGGUUAGUUUAUUAUAAAAGAUUUAAAUUCAAUAAAUAUUAAUAUUAAAAAAAAAAAAAAAGAAAUUUGAAAAAAUAAAUACACACUUUUUUUUUCAAUUUUAACAUUUUAUUUAUAUAACCUCAAUUACAUUUUAUUUAAUAUAAAUUUGUAAAAUAAUAAUAUCAAAAAACUCGUACAAAAAUUAAUUAUUGUAAAGUCAGUCUGUUUUAAACUUUAAAUCUGCGACCUUAUUCGUUAUAUAUAGAUAGCAUUAUGAACAAAAUAUAAUUAAACGAGUUUAUUGAAUUUUUAUAAAAUUUACUUUAUUUAUUUUUUUUAUAUGCUUAAUAUAUUUAGAUUUUAAUGUAAUUGGGGUAAAGAGUAUUAUAAAAAAUAUAUUCUUUUCUUAUUUAUAAAUAAGAAUAUUUAGAAAAACGAAAAUUUUUUUUUUAAUAUGUAAAUGAUUAUGUAUAUAAAUAAAUCUUAGAAUUUUUAAGGAAUUAUUUAUUUUCAAGAAGAAAAAUAUAUUUGCCAAAUUCGCCGUAGGAAAAGCUUUUUAAAAUAUAUAUAUAUAUACACAUAUAUAUCUCAAAAUACAAAAUGAAUUUUCUAAUGUUGUUGACUUGUGCCUUUGUGAAUAAAACAAAACAAAAAAAAAAAUAUUUAAUUUAAAAUUAAGUUUUUGUGUCAAUUUCAAUUAGAAUUAUUUUAAAAUAAUUAUGGUAUAUUAAAAAUAAAACUAUAAUAUAACAAGAAAUUGAAAGAGUAUAUAUAUACUAUUUAUAAAUAUAUUUUAUAUAUUAUAUAGCAAUGUAUGUAUUUUAAAAAUAUAUGCACAUAAUUUAGAAAAAAAAAAAAACUUAUUUCUUUAAUAUUAUAUAAGCACCAAUUUUUAUGUAAUAUAUAAUUAUUAUAUAAUAUGUAUAUAUUAUUUAUACAUACAUUUUAUAUUUAUAAUAUAUACACUUAUAUAUAUAUA